ACAGGCCAGGGAAUGCGGAUCGAAGAGAAAUUCUAUAGAAUCUCCAUUCCAUGAGAUUGAUGAUAAUGUGAGCGACCGUUAACAGUUCUUCUUCCUCCGUUUUCUCAAAGAAUUGGGAGAAAAGCCAUGCUCCGAAAUCGCACACUACCAUUUCAUUCUCGAUAGUUGCAAUUUCAAGCUCCUUGUCUCAAUUGAUCAAGGGCAUGUCCAUGGCGUCCAUUUUGACACUACUGCCAUUUCCGCCCUUUCACUCUCUAAAUCCAAACUUCUUCAACUCUUCACCACUGAUCUUAUGUUUUCCUACACACCCAAUCAAUUCGUUUCACCCAUCUACUCGUGCCCUCAAAACUGGCCCUGAAGGCAGUAGAAUUCGAAGCCAUCAAGAAUAUAGUUCCGAUUUGCUGCGGAAACCGGUUGUUCCACCGGCGAAGGAUUUGGCUGGACCAUCGGAGGAUGACGACAGCAGUGAGGAGAGUGGAAAUGACGAGGAGGAGGAAGUGGAUUGGGUUGAUUGGGAGGACAAGAUUUUGGAGGAUACUGUUCCUCUGGUUGGCUUUGUUAGGAUGGUUCUUCACACUGGAAAAUAUGAAAGUGGGGAUAGGUUGAGACCAGAACACGAGAAAACAAUUCUUGAGAGGUUGCUUCCAUAUCAUCCCGAGAGUGAGAAGAAGAUUGGAUGUGGGGUUGAUUAUAUCACGGUUGGAUAUCAUCCUGAUUUUGAAAGCUCAAGAUGUUUAUUCAUAGUCAGAAAAGAUGGAGAGUUGGUUGACUUUUCAUAUUGGAAGUGCAUCAAGGGUCUGAUCAGAAAGAACUAUCCUCUUUACGCAGAAAGCUUCAUUCUUAGGCAUUUCCGGCGACGUAGACGCAAUUUGCGUCGGUAACACCUGUAAGAUCUGUUAAUCAUACUCUUGUAUCAUUCAAUUUCAGGAAUUCUUUGAAUAUCAAAGCUUGAGAUUGACCAACCACGCUUGUGUGGUUCUCUUGUGUUUAAUGACUUGAAAUUAGCAAAUCAAGAUGGAUAUGGGGUGAAUGUAGACUCUUGCUUAGUAAAAUUCAAUUUUGUAAAUUCUAA